AUGGCAGAAAAAUAUGACAAAAAUGGUCACAAUAGUGAUUUUAAAAGAAAUUCUACUGAACAACAAGAAGAACAGGAACAUGAACAAGAUGGCGAAGAUGGGACAAAAUUAAACGAAAAAGCCGGCGAAUAUAUGCGUGAGCUUCUCAGUGAAAAAAUAAAAUUAAAUAACGCAAAAUUCCCUGUGUCCUCCAGGCUCAUUGAUCAAGAAGUCGCAAAAGUACAGUCUUCAGGCAGAAUACCCCCUAAAGACUUCAAAUACUUAGAUGUUUACAAGGAAAAGCCAAUCAAAGUCACAGUUAAAGUGUUGGUGCCUAUAAAAGAACAUCCUAAGAUGAAUUUCGUUGGUAAACUGCUUGGACCUAAAGGUAACACCAUGAAACAACUGCAGGAAGAAACAAUGUGUAAAAUGGCCAUACUUGGCAGAGGAUCUAUGAGAGACAGAAAAAAGGAAGAAGAACUAAGAAAUUCAUUAGAUCCCAAAUACGCACAUUUGUCGGAUGAACUCCAUGUGGAAGUAAUGGCAAUGGCUCCACCCGCUGAAGCAUAUGCAAGAAUCGCAUAUGCGUUGGCCGAAGUAAAGAAAUACUUAAUACCGGACCCCAACGAUAUGUUCCGACAGAACCAGAUGAGAGAACUCAUGGAUAGAGAUCACCGGGCGCCCUUGCUAGAUCUGCCACAAAAGAACGUGGUGUACAGAGCCUGUACAGUCACCAAGAGGUCUCACUCCUACCAGAAUCCCGAGCUUAGUAUGGCAGGUCCGGUACCACCACAUAUUCCUCCGAGGCCGGCUGCUCCACCUCGCAUGCCACCGGCAUCUAUGAGACCGAUGCCAUCGAAAACAAAGGUCUUCAGUAUAUUAGACCGAGCUCGUUCAGCUAUGGAGUCCAGCUAUUCAUACGAAGAUUCUUACGCCGCCCCGGAACCACCUGUACCGCGAGGUCCCCCACGCGCUGCCCCAGAGCAGGAUUACUAUUACGAUCGCAACCAGGAACGCUUCUACGAAGACGAUGGUGGUUACUAUAAAGAAGACGGCCGUGAAUAUAAGGCUUCCGCCAGAGAUGUAGGCACGCGCCGCCCGGGGCCUUCGCAAGGGAGACAUUUCACUCACAGGGCCUCGCCUUACGCGCGGGGGCCUAAGUAA